AUGUCGGAGCCAUGGAACGCGCAGUCAUGGGCAGCCAGCGAUUGGCAACAAUCCAGUUGGGAUGAUCUUGCAACUCAAUGGUAUGAUCCGGAGCACAGGUAUGGAUAUGACAGCCGCCAAUCCACCAUGGGCCAGAAUCAAGGCGACGCAGAGCUCCCACCACAUUUCAAAUCCAGCAACAACUACCUGGGUGAGACUUUGGUUUACAGAAGCACCCUCAAGCGCUACAUUGAACCAUCAGCGUGGUCCAGAGCUAAAGGCAUUGCAGGCAAACCAGUACAAGAUGUGAAACUCACAGACCUGACCCACAAAGGCAUUCAAGAGUGGAUGAUCAGGGGUCUCAGCCAUGGUAAAUUUACAGGUGUGGUCCUCACCAAGUCCGUCGCGGAGAGCGUCCUCACAGCGAGGUUGUUGUCAGCAUUGAGAGAGCAAAAGGUGGACAUCGAUGAGACAGUUAAGGCCAUGCACAAGGGCAAGUCCAAGAAAACAAUUCCAGACAAAACCAGUGAGGCCACCAAGUUUAUUCAACCAUUAAUGGAUGUAGUCAUGCAACAGUUACAGCCCUACCUCGUGACCGUCGAUCAAACAACAACAGCCACAAGUUCAGGUGACAACAAGGAAUUUCAGGACAUGCAGCAGGACAAUGCCAAGCUACGUCAGAAACUCCAACAAGCAGGGAUCCCAAUCACACCGGUGAAGAACAAAUCCACCAAGCGUCAUGCAGAACCGACAGCCUCUAGUCCUGAGGAGAACGCAGACAACGAGGACCAUGAGCAACCACUUCCCGUACAGGAACCAACCGCCAAGAAAAGGAAGACAAUCUAUCAAGGUAAGAACAAGGCCGACUUGCUCGACGAACCUACAGACGUGUUGUCAGACAAUCUCCCCAACAACGUCAACAACACCAAGUCAUGGGUGGUGAUCGAAGGCAAGAAGUACAAGAAAGACCAAUUGCAAACCCUGGUCACAUUCAAGGAGACGGCCAACAUAAUCGAUGGGCUGCAAGCAGUGAUGCAGUUCUUCCAGUUCUUGGUUAUUGAAGUUCCUAAUGUUUCUAAAGAGGUUAUGUUAUGGUUAGUUGGUUCAAUCUUUUUAGUGUUUCUCUUUUACCGUUCAACCGCAACCACAACAGCAAAAGAGCUUCGCGAAAAGCUGAAACAAAAAGGAUGCAUUCCAGAGCUGUACACGUUCUCUAGAUUUCAACAAGUCAAUGCAGUGUAUGCCAAAACGAUGCUUCCGACGUUCAAGAAUGGCUUCGCGCAGUUCAACAAUCAGCAAUCCAUCAUGUACAUUGGUUCGACAAGGCUCAAGCCAGCGCAGAGAGAGUUCAACAGACAGGCGAAGCUGAAACAGUUAAAAAGAGGAUCAUUGCCAAAGGUGGAACUGGCCAUCAGGUAUUGGGUGGAUAAUUCAAACUAUGAUGGCUUUAUCAUCCUGGCACUCGGUGGUUACAGUGGGUACCGUGAUGCAUGGGCUGCCGAACACUCGAUUAUUCAGUCUUGGCAAGCUCGUCUGAAUCACCCAUUCAUCACCAAGUUCCUGGUGAAAAAGGCACAUGGCCUUGCGCCAGCCAAACACCGUCCGUCAAUUCAGCCAGGCAAUGACACACUUGGCAUCAAGCUAUUCAAGAAGAUGCGUCGGCGCCUACAUCAACAUCGCUCUCAAGAAUCGCGCUUGCUACCUCAGCUUCCUCAGAUGUGGGAGCUAUUGUAUGAUCUAUCGUCAAACACAAUCAAGGAGUUCGAAGCCAGCAAGCUCCUACGCAGCGGCAGGUAUCCCUCAGAAAUUGGAUUGGACAUGGGUGGUGCUAAUGCAUACUACGACAACAAGCACAAGUUCUUUGACAAGUCCAUGCAGACCAUGACCAAGUGGAUGCAGCAUCAUCAGUUUCCAACCUAUCUAGGUGGAAUCAAGUACCUUAAGUCCUUCAUCCCCGUUGACUUCGUCGUACACAAUGAGGACCAUGCCAACAACCACAUCAUGUUGCACUGCUCUCAGGUGUAUAAUCAGGCGGCAAUCAACUCUUGGUCAGAUCCAGGUGUGUUUAUGGAGCUGAACGACGACCCUGAGCAAUUAAAAGCCCAGAUGAAGCAGCACAUGCCUCAAUCCCUUUCCAAACAACAGCAACAAUUGGUGGAUUUCAGCAAGGAUCUUCCAUAUGGCUACAUCAUGAUGAAGCGGAAAAAGCAAUGGACAAAGGGCAGAACAAUCGUGGCGUAUGGUUCUACAUGCAUUGGAAAGCUCCUUGAGUUAGCCGCCUUAGCCAUUCAAGAAUUGCUGAAUUCUACUUGGCCGUCCCACUUUGGAAAUCGGCUAACACCUACCAUUUGGAAAGACAUUCAUCGGUUUUUCGAGACAACUGCGUUGGAUGACAACCUUGUGUUCCUGAACCAUGAUUUGGUUGGAUUUUUCAAUUCCAUUCCCCAAACAACCAUUCUGUCUGCACUUCAGUCGUUAAUUCAGGACUUUUUGACUCUUGGACAUUCUGAGACUCUUAUGGUUGAUCUACAUUCGACAGUGGGACCAGUACAUGCAGGUAGGUCCAGGUUCAGUGUCAAAGCCAAUCAGAUCGAAAUCAACAUGGAACAGCUGAUGGACAUUAUUCAAUUCUCCUUUUCUUCUGGGUGCUUCACUACAUUGGACAAAUGUUACCGACAAGUCCAAGGCACUUCCAUGGGAAAUCAGGUCAGCCCCAUUUUGUCUUCACUUUCCAUUGUGGCGUUUGAGAGAGCUUGGCUGCACACGCAUGCUACGGCACUUUCUAGACUUCGUUCUAAGAUCCUGGUCCUUCGCUAUGUGGACAACCGAACCGAUCGGACAUGUGACAUGUCCACCGACAAGGAAGCAGCGUCAUCCAGCACAGAGCGACCUUGCAGAUCCAACACCGACGUUGUUGCGGAAAUCCUGCAAGACGAUACCACGCAGAGAAGAUUACUUGAAGCAGGAUCGGAGUUGAUGCUGCAACAGCAUCUGGACUACAAUGGAUGCCUCACCAUCAACGAGCAGUCCAAAUGGAAGCACAUUAUUACUAACGCCCUGUCAGAGAAGUCGUUUAACGACACAUCAAAAUACUUGCUCGACAAACUCAGG